GAGAUGUCAGGCAGGCAGAGCAUUACCAGUAGACGUUCUGCUCUUCGUCCUCCCUUGCUUUGCGGCUACUAUGGUCUUUCUGGUGACAGUUUUGGUGGCUGCGCUGGCCUCCAUCAGGACGUCCGCAGAAGUCAUACCCCCAGCUGACUUCAACGUGCAGGGGAUGGCAGGGAAGUGGUACCUGAUCGGUUUUGCCUCUAACGGCCAAUGGUUCAUCCAACACCGCGGCAGCAUGAAAAUGGGCACUGCCAUGCUCCGCCCAACUGCAGACGGCGACCUGGAUAUUUCGUAUGCCAGUCUAAAAUCCGAUGGAACAUGUUGGAGAAUGAACAACCUGGCCAAGAAGACCGACAUGCCUGGAAGGUUCACAUACACAAGUUGGGGCAAUGAGAAUGACAUGCGCGUGGUGGACGUCAAGUACGACCAGUACGCCCUGACUCAUACUGUUAAGACGGACGGAGAUCAUCCCACCGUGGUCAACAAGCUCUACGGCCGCGGAGUGGAUCUCAGCCCAGAUCUGAUGGAGAAGUUCAGGCAGUUCUCCCUGGAAACUGGACUCCGAGCUGAAAACAUUGCAUUCUUUCCCCCAAACGGUGAGUGCACAGCUGCCUAGCUUCCUGCCAGCCUCAACAAUGCUGUCAAGACAAACAAAAAGUUUACAAAUGUAUGCUAAUAAAGGUCAAAGAGCUAAAA